AUGAGCCAGCCUCCAACAAAUCGCGGCCACGGCCGUAACAUAUCGGUGACAAGACCGGUUCGUCCACGAUCUUCGACUAAAGGUCCUCUUGACCUGGAUGACACCCCUCUGAACGACCCCUUGUCGCCGAAGUCCGCUGCGACAGAAGAACCAAAGCAGCGACCGUUAUCAGGUCAACGGUCUCCUGCGCCCCUUCACUCUCCUGUACCGCCCGUGAAGACCACCGUCACCAAAGACUUCAGCUUCCUCCUCCGCCCAGAGAUCUACCACAGCGUCAACACAAUCAACAUCCCCGUCGCGUUCAAGACCAACCCGAAGCAGCCCACCCCAGAUGCCUCACUAGAAGAUCUGCUGGCCAUGGGCCAUUUCCGAGCGGCCGCCAUCGCCGCUGUCCAGGAACUCACCGCCACCGGCGGCCCAGAACGGCCUCGCGUUGACCCUUCAGACCACCAGAGAAUCUUCACCCUCCUGUAUACUCGUCUGGCGUGCCUGACCCUCAUCGACGCCACGUCGACCGCGGCACAGGAAGUCCGAGCGCUCGAGGACCUCAACGCGGCCAUCUACAUCGACGAGACCACGGGAGAACACCUCGUUCCAUGGGAGCUACGUGUCCUCAACAUCCGCCUGCAGGCGCUGGGCUUCGGCGACUUUAGGAGAUCCGUCAUGAGCUACCACGACCUGGCGAGAGAGGCACGCGAGCAGAUCAGCAAGGCGACAGCGCGGCAUGACAACUCGACGCGGGAGCUCUGGAAAGCACGGCUCCACGACCUGGGUAUCGACGUCGCCGGCGCUCUGAUUGAGAUGGACGACCUCUCCGGCGCGGCGCAUCACCUCUCGACUUUGAAGGAUAGAGGAGACGGCAAGAUGGCCCUUUCCCGGGCGCUCAUGUGGCUGCAUCUAGGCGACGCAGACGCUGCGCGGCGGUGCGUGCAGGACUCCGGAGGGGACGGCAGACACGCCGAGAUGGUCGUCGCCGCGCUCUGCCAGAUGGCCGACGGCGAGUAUGAUGCUGCACUGCAGUCGUGGCGGGGCUUGAAGGAAGAGCUGAUGGACGAAAUGAUUGGUGUCAACAUGGCGGUGUGCCUUCUCUACACUGGUAAACUGACAGAGGCGCGCGCUCUCCUCGAGGACCUGGUCAGCAACGGCUACUCGUCGCACACGCUCCUCUUCAACCUCAGCACGACGUACGAGCUUUGCACAGAGCGGAACCGCAACCUCAAGCUGAGACUCGUCGAGAAGGUCGCCGAAUUGGACGAGACGGUCAAGGGCUGGGAGAAAACUAACGCCGAUUUCAAGCUAUAG